AUGCAUGCAGCCGGCAAGCCGCGAUUGUCAUGGCAUAUAUUUGGGGAAGCUACCCGAUUGGCCCAAGUGAUGCAGAUGCACGAAGAAGAUUCUCUACAGGGGCUCUCUUCUCUCGAAGUGGAGUUUCGCCGACGGGCAUCCUGGAUUGCCUAUAUCGGCGAUAAAUCGGCAGCCAUUCUGAAUAAUCGCCCAAUCACCAUUCACAAAUAUUCAUUCAACUCUGGCAUCAUCAUCGGUUACCCAACAGGUAUCGAAGAUGAGACAAUUCUGACACCGGGCAGUGCUGUUCCAGAUAUCGAGAGAUCGCCAAUUCCGCCAAGCCCGCACUCCACUCUGCUGAGCCCGAAGCUCCCCUAUCCAGACAUUGAACCUAGCGCCUUUCGCGUAGCGUAUUCUCAUGUCUUGCAGCUUUUGAGUGAGCAAGUCGUUCAUUCCGACAGAAGUUAUGAUCAAGAUAUUUUCGUGAAGUGCAAGCUCACAAUAAAGGACUUCGCUGAGUCGCUGCGUGCCUACUUUGAUAUUCUCGGGGAAUUUCAUCCCUGCAUUCCAGAAGAUGCAUUUUGGAAAGAAUUUAAAGCAGGAAAAUGCAGUCCGAUUCUUCUUGCAGCAAUCGCUUAUCGUGGUCUGGCUUUCACAAAUGCCCAAGAGAAGUUUAAGAAACAACAGUCCCUCCUCGUGAUGUGCAUGGGCAAAAUCUUAGAAAUCAAAGUCGACAAUACCGGCUCUAGCUUAGUCCCUCUUGAUGAUCUUGAAGAGGCAGCUCUCAUGACAGAUUUUAUCCACAUGGAUGCAAAAUUCUGUCUUAGUUACUUGCACCAGUGGAACUUCGUUAUGGCAUAUGUCUCCCUUGUAAAGGGGACGCUGAAGCAUCGGGAUCGUGAGAUGAUGAUAUCUGGCCCGUCGAGACUCUUAGAACGUGUUGAAAAGCGUUACACGCUCUUCUGCUUCUACGUGUAUUCUGUGGACUCUUUUCGGAGUCUUUCGCUAGAGAGCAUUUCCCUUCUUCCAGAAGAUGACAGGAGCCUGAAUGAGGACAACUCAUGUCAGAUUGAGGAACAUUAUCCCGAUUCCAUGCUCAGCCUUGCUGUCAUUGCCCGAGACAUAUGCCGGAAACUUUGUUCUCACGCAGCCACUGCUAGUGGUAUCGAUUGCGGGGAUGUACUCUGCCUAUAUGAGCAACUUCAUGACUGGCGUGUUAGCAGUUUAUCCUUAGCGCUAUCAGAGCCACAACGCGGUGUGGCCGAGAGCUCACCGGAAAACCACUCUUCUCGGGAAUUGGUUCCAGAUCCCGCUAGCAGAUCAGUUAACCUCUGUCGCAUGAUCUUGUGGGCUCUCCAAAUAUACUGCUACUUGAAGAUCGAAGGCUGUAUAGGUCGACACGGCUGGAAGGAUGAAGAUUCACUCGCUACAGAAGCAGCAGCCCACCGUAUAGAUUACGAGAAUAAUCAGGCUGUGUUCGAACCGGUAGAUUAG